GUUCGAAAAACAGCGGUGCGCAUAUAUAAGUAGCCUUAGAAAAGUCCUAGAAAAUCCAAAUUAUUUUCAAACACAUACGAAAUGUUCAGUUUACUCGGUAUAUUUGUAAUCGGCUUGGGCGCUGCUACCGCCAUUGAGUUGGGUCAUGCGCCACUGUUGCUCAAGCCGGCACUGGUUAAGACUGUCGAAGUUGAGGCGCCUGCUCAGUACGAGUUCUCUUACUCGGUGCGCGAUGAUCACACAGGCGACAUUAAGAGUCAAACGGAGUCACGGCAAGGCGAUGUUGUCAAGGGACAAUAUUCACUGAUCGAUGCUGAUGGUUAUCUGCGCACAGUUGAUUACACAUCGGAUGCUCACAAUGGUUUCAAUGCGAUUGUACGUCGCGAUCCGCUCGGCCACAAGGUGGUUAAGGCUAUUGCACCUAUCGCCAAAGUGCUGUCGCCCAUAGGUAUUGGGCCAAAAUUGCCAUUGCUCUCAUUGGGUAUUCCACGCUAA